CGUCUUUGCGAAUCGCGAAUCCGUGUUGUGAUUGUUAUUGUUUUUACUUUGUUUUGAGUCGAAAGGUGCGAAUUGCAACUGCUAAAUAAAUAAAUUGGUGAAAAUGAAAAAUUUUCCAGUGUUCGUGUUUCCUGUAUCGUUAGAAUUUUAUUUAAAUGCGCGACAUACUCACAAGCAGCUGUUAACUGUAUAUAAUCCAUAUGACUUUUCUGUUAAUUUUAAAGUCCUAUGUACAUCACCCAACAAAUUUACUGUUCUCGACCCUGAAGGUGUGAUAGCGCCCCAAAGUUGCAUCGAUAUUGUUGUAAGAUAUACACAACCUUCCGUAUCGCACUGUAAUACAAUUGAAAAGUUUAGAAUAACAAUGUAUGACAAAAAUACCCAGCAGGCUCUAGGUAAAAGAGAUAUUCCUACAACAUUGAUUGAGGGUGAACCAAUGAGUAUUAAUCAAGAGAGCCUUGGAGAUAGCUUUCAUCCUUUGACAUCUCGUCCAGCACCCAUAAGGCCUACUGAAGAACAUUCGAAAGUUAGUUGCAGUCAUCCCUCUCACCAAAGGGAACAACAACCAAUGAACAUAGUAGCUGUAGCAGUAAGUAUAUGUUGCAUAGCAGCAUUACUGUUACCUACUCAGCCAGAUCCCGUUGUUAAAUCACAAUUGCCCGAAUGGCUUCAUAUUGGAUCAAACCUAAAAUUAGUUUUUUCCUUUGUACUGGGACUAGUUAGUAUGCUUGUAUUACGACCUUAGAAUGUAAGGUACUUAUUGUUACAAAACAUACUGAAAUUUUAGUUUUGCAUAUUAUUAAGUUUUUCAAGGAUUUUAUUAUUUAGGUUUAUAUUAUAAAUUAGCAAAUGUUUCUGCAUUUGACUUAAUUCAUGCUUAUUAAAAGAGAAAUAUGUAAAACUUUGAAAUGUUUGUAGUACUCAUUUAAAUUAUCAUAAUAUAUCAAAUGAUGGUAUUAAAAGCUACAUUGCAAUGCAAUGGACGGGUAUUAAAAAACAGUACUGUGUGUACAAUAUUGUAUUUAAAGCAUUUUUAUUUUUUUAAAUAAAUUAACAAGACAAUGAUUUUCAAGCUUUACAGUUAUGAAUGUAUAUAAUGUAUUGCUUUCAUUUUAAUUGGUUUUGUGAUACAAUUUUAUGGUGCUGAGUUAACAUUUUUUUUUUGUGUGAUACUAUGAAAUUGGAAUUAGUUAUAUUUUUAUUUUAAAUGUUUGCCUUUGUAACAAAGUAAUGUUUAUGAUAUUAAAUUAUUAUGUUACACAUUAUCCAUUGAGAAUAUAUGUAUCUGGUACAUAAUGAUGAAAAACCUAACAUAAAUUAAUUUUUUUAUUAGCAACAAUUCAUUUUAUGCUUAUACAAUAUUUCUAAAUAAAUACUAAUUACAUUUUUGUAGUGUAUAAAU